CUCAUCAAAGCUCGCAACCACUUCCGGCCCCUUCCCUUCCCUUCCGGCCGCCUCCCCUCCUCCCCCACCUCCCAAAUUGAAAUCCACCCGCUCCUCCCCGCCUAGGGUUCCGCUUCCGCUUCCGCCCCCGUCCGUCCGAGCACUACCCAAGCGGCGGCAGCCGGCCCUUCUCGUCGCCCUCGAGACUUCCCUACCGCCGGAAGUCUCAGUUGCACGUUCGGCCGCUCCCCUGCACUGCCGGGCCCGCCCAUCGCCUGAGGCUCUUACGGUGCCACGGAGUUGCAACUGCACGAAGGCCUUUUGUGGUCACAAAGGCACUAUUGUAUUACAACAACAGUCCUAACUGAAGUAAUAAGACAUUUUUGAAACUGUCUGCUACCAUUGCUUCCAUGGUGAGCAUUGCAAGUUCUCAAAUUUUAAGGAUUUUCUGUGCUGUGAAAGAGAAUCAUUACAACUCAGCAGUACUGUAUCCCAUGAUUCUAAUGGCAUGUCUCUGACACUGAAGGCAACCAAUGAGAACCUCCCACCAAAUGUCAUCAGGCAAUUGGCUAAAGAACUGAAGAAUCUUGAUGAGUCGCCUCCAGAAGGGAUUAAUGUGAUUAUCAAUGAUGAUGACUUCACUACUAUUUUUGCUGAUAUUGAAGGCCCUGCUGGAACUCCAUAUGAGAACGGAGUGUUCAGGAUGAAGCUAUUAUUGUCUCGCGACUUCCCUCAUUCUCCCCCAAAAGGAUUCUUCUUGACAAAAAUUUUCCAUCCAAACAUAGCUACUAGUGGCGAGAUAUGUGUAAACACACUGAAGAAGGAUUGGAAUCCUGGCCUUGGAUUAAGACAUGUUCUUCUGGUAGUGAGAUGCCUUCUGAUUGAACCAUUUCCUGAAUCUGCACUUAAUGAACAAGCUGGGAAGAUGUUACUUGAAAAUUAUGAGGAAUAUGCACGGCAUGCAAGGUUAUACACUGGCAUCCAUGCCCUUAAACCUAAGAAUAAGUCCAAGACUGGAGCUAUAUCUGAGUCGACCACAGCUCUGAAUGUCGACAAGUCGAGUACUGCUUCCAGCGAGAACACACCAUCGAUGCCACCGGCCGUAUCGACCUCCACUGCAUCCAGAGCAUUUGGUACGAAUUUGCAGGAUCAGAACCCUACUGUUUCUGAUCCUGCUGUAGGAGCCGCGGCGGCGCGAAAGAAGGAUGGCCCAAUGGCCUCCAAAGUUCCUGUUGAUAAGAAAAAGAUGGAUGCGCGGAAGAAGAGCCUGAAGAGAUUAUAGGCGGAACUCUCCUUGGAAGAAGAGGGUUCAUAGCUCGAAAUUCAUCAGAUGCUUAGUGAAGCUGGGAGAGAAACAAUAGUUGAGAAGCAUCUGAUGACCUGGCUUUCGGGAGAAAGGGACCCGGGGCGGGGCCAAGAGUGAAUAAUGUGAACUGCUGGUCCUUCGGGACAACUGUAUGAGCAAUAUCCAGUCAUUUGGAAGAACACUUGCCUACUUCCUUUUGUUGUUUCCCCUUGUCUCAUCUGAUGCAUUCAAUCAACAUUCAGGUUUCAGUGCGUA